CUCCUCCUCCUUCUCCUCUCCCCCCUCCUCGCUCCGGCAACUGCUGCCUCCAGAGGCGGCUAAGCAGGCCAGACGGGGCCGGCGUGCCCACGCCGCGGUCCCUCACCACUUCAUGAUGUCAAUGUACAGGACUUACUCAGCAGCCGGGAAACUGGGAUUAAACGCCAGCGUCUUCCGCGCCACCAAGUCUGCCAACACGAUCACAAGUUUCGUGGACGGUGCAGAAGACGGACUUUCGCAUUCGCAUUUGAAAAAGCAAAACUACUUGUUCGAUGUAGCGACCUUGUCGGACAAGGAGGAGCUGGUCGGGGCCGAGCUGAGGAUACUUCGAAAAACUCCAGAAGACUUUCGCAAGACGCUGGCGGGCGUGUACGACAUGAAACUCUACUCGUGUUUAACGGCGGGCCAGGCACCCAGAUUGUUGCAGUCGCGAAGGCUGGACGUGCGCUAUUGGGAGAAGACACCAGGGUGGGAAGCGUUUGACGUCUGGAAAGUCUUCAAAUUCCUUCACCCUGCUCAACUCUGCUUUGAACUUCAGGUGACAUCUCGCAGAAGCAAGUUGGAUGUUGACCCGAGGCAAGUGGGGUUUGGUCGCAAGGGGCGACCACCCCACGAGAGGGCUCUUCUCGUGGUCUUCACCAGAACUCGGAAAAGGGAAAACCUCUUCAGCGAAAUGAGGGGGAAGAUUAAGUCUUCGGAAGGGUCGGACGAGGAAGGGAGGCUCCGGUUCAAAGCGAGGAGGAAGAAGAGGACUCCUUUCUCCAAUCGCCACGGCAAGAGACACGGCAAGAAGUCCAAGUCCCGCUGCAGUAAGAAACCUCUCCACGUGAACUUCAAGCAGCUGGGCUGGGACGACUGGAUAAUCGCCCCGCUGGACUACGAGGCUUACCACUGCGAGGGUGUGUGUGACUUCCCUCUCCGGUCCCACCUGGAGCCCACGAACCAUGCCAUCAUUCAGACACUCAUGAACUCCAUGGACCCCAACUCCACCCCUCCCAGUUGCUGCGUGCCCACCAAGCUGACCCCCAUCAGCAUCUUAUACAUCGACGCGGGCAAUAACGUCGUGUAUAAGCAGUACGAGGACAUGGUGGUGGAAUCGUGUGGGUGCAGGUAGCGAAUUGUCCACAACAAACCACCCCCCGACCCCCCUCCCCAAAAUUUGGAGGCAACCGCAAUAACAAGUCUGACCAAGUCGUAGAAUUGAUGCGUUGGAAGGCGGUGAACGCUGUUUCAACUGCACUCAAAAAAAAUAGCACAAGCAUAAUCUAUCUCGCCCAGUGAGAGGUCGAGAGAGAGAGAAACAGAGAAACAGAGAGAUAGAGAGAUAGAGAUAGAUAGAUAGAUAGAUAGAGAGAGAGAGAGAGAGAGAGAGAGAGAGAGAGAGAGAGAGAGAGACCCUGCCCCACUUGGGAGACCUAAACAGCAACCUCUGGUGACCUUGCCCGCCACCCCCAAAAACAAAUCAAGUUCGAGGUGACCUGCAACCUCCUACCACCUCCCACGCAUACGGUGAAAACCUUCCUCGACUAUGAAGAAAACCAGCUUCGACUAGACCUGCGACUAAAAAAAUGAUCGAUUUUUAAAACGGCAACCUAUUUUUAGUUGACGCCGGUUUUAAUCAUGAUGAAAAAAUAGCAGCAACCUAGAUGAAGCCUCGACCACGCGGGAACCACUUUCAUAACCACUUUCGACCAUUAGGGAGAGUGACCAAAACCUCCGGUGACCUCAUGGAAACCUUGGGUGGCGAGCAAGGUCAUCAGAAGUUGCUGUUUAGGUCUCCUAAGUGGGACAGGGGGAUUAAACAGACCUGGAAUAUUCUCUAUAAUUUAUUCACACACCAGUCAUUUAGUUGCUAGCGCACCGAUAUGUUAACACACUACCUACGAUUUACCUGUAAGGUGAUAUGUAACUUGUAUGCACCCGCAUAUUAUAACCGGGCACGAUGUGUCACGUUGCAAGCACAAACCACGUUCACCCAUCCGGUUCCCUCCUGACAGGGACACCAGAGAGACUUUGCUCCAAACACGAGCAAAACAGACGCUAUUCACCAUAUAACGUAGACGGCUGAAAUCCUUAUUGUCAGGGAGAUUCAUUCACGCGAUUGAUUGAAGUGAGAUGUAGGCACAAGACACGGAGCACAUCUGCAAAUACCGUGACUCCAACCCGUCCCUUUCUUGUCUAGCCCCAUUCGCUAGUCUAGUGGUCAAGACACGAAAUAUCGCCCGUAUCCGCGUUCUCCGGAGAUGCUGCCUGACCCGCUCAGUUACUCCAGCGCUUCGUGUCCACGUUCGGUAAAGACACACACACUACCAUUGCGCAUCCGCCGAGGAUGUAUGGAAUGAGCUGCCAGAGGAGGUAGAUGAGGCAGGCACUACAAUGACAUUAGAAAAAAAAACCUCUUGGACAGAUACAUGGAUAGGAUAGGUUUUAGAGUGAUAUGGACCAAAUGCGAGCAGGUGGGACUAGAGUAGAAGGGGCUUCACUGUCGACAUGGGCUAGUUGGGCUGAAGGGCCUGUUUCUGUGCCAGUGUGAAAUUUGUUUAGAUUUGAGUGGUGGUGGGUGUAUGGAACUAGCUGCCCGAGAAGGUAAAGGCCGGGACUAUCGCAAAAUUUAAGAAACAAUUAGACAGGUACAUGGAUAGGGUAGGUUUAGAGGGAUAUGGGCCAAAGGCAGACAGGUGGGACUAGUAUAGAUGGGGUACGAUGGUCGGUGUGGGCAAGUUGGGCCGGAGGGCCUGUUCACUCUAUAAGUGAAAGUUUCACGAUGACUUUCAGACACUACAAAUAUACAUCUCACCCCUUCUUGUACCGGCUAAUGUUAGGGACCCCCCCCAGAUCACAUUUGGGGAUGGCCUUUGGCGGUGACUUGCCCCACUCAGUAGCACACAGGUAAACAUCGACAAAGGUCAACAAACGCUGAAACCCAGCCACCCACCUUCACCAAUCAGUUAAAUUGUCCACAAGCUCAUGAAUUAGAGGCGCAGGAGAUAAAUGAGGUAACUAUGUCAUAUUUUUCCGUCCACAAGCAAGUCUUAAAAGACAUUCAAUGCACUCUGCUUUCCCAUUCAUAAGUUCUUGUUCAUAAGUCAUAGGAACAGAAUUAGGCCAUUCGGCCCAUCAAGUCUACUCCGCCAUUCAAUCAUGGUUAAUCUGUCAAUUCCCUCCUAACCCUAUUCUCCAGCCUUCUCCUCCCCCCCCCCCCCACCCGUACUAAUCAAGAAGCUAUCUAUCUCAGCCUUAAAUAAAUACAAACUGACUUGACCUUCACCACCAUCAGUGGGAAUGAAUUCCACAGAUUCACCACCCUCUGACUAAAUAAGUUAAUGCAGUCGCAUCUGAAUCAACGAGGCAGUGGAAGGGAGAUUAUAUGGGUCUGAAGGAACUGCAGAUGCUGCUUUACAUCGAAGAUAAACACAGAAUGCUGGAGUAACUCAAGCGGGACAGGCAGCAUCUCUGGCGAGAAGGAAUGGAGGCCAAUUGACUGGAUAUUUUCAAGAGAGUUAGAUAUAGCUCUUAGGGCUAAUGGAAUCAAGGGAUGUGGGGAGAAGGCAGGAGCGGAGUACUGAUUUUGGAUGAUCAGCCAUGAUCACAUUGAAUGGCGGGACUGUCAUAUGCCGAGAGAAUGGAGCGGCUGGGCUUGUAUACUCUGGAGUUUAGAAGGAUGAAAGGAUAUCUUAUUGAAACAUAUAUUAUUAAGGGGUUGGGCACGCUAGAGGCAGGAAACAUGUUCCCGAUAUUGGGGGAAUCCAGAACCAGGGGCCACUGUUUAAGAAUAAGGAGUAGGCCAUUUAGAACGGAGACGAGGAAACACUUCUUCACACAGAGAGUGGUGAGUCUGUAGAAUUCUCUGCCUCAGAGGGUGGUGGAGGCGGGUUCUCUGAAUGCAUUCAAGAGAGAGUUAGAUAGGGCUCUUAAAGAUAGCGGAGUCAGGGGAUAAGGGGAGAAGGCAGGAACGGGUUACUGAAUAUGGAUGAUCAGCCAUGAUCACAUUGAAUGGCGGUGCUGGCUCGAAUGGCCUGCUCCUGCACCUAUUGUCUAUUGAAAGGCCGAAUGGCCUACUCCUAUUUUAUGAAUGGGUGACAUUUCGGGCCAAGACCCUUCUUUAGACACUCCAACAUUCUGUGUCGUUCUUUGUAGAUUCUAUUGGGUCCUUCUCCAGCGAUCGUCGCGGUGUACACGGGAAUGGGCACCGAUUCGGACGAAAGCCGAGUUAGAUUAAGUGGAGAGCUGAAACGUCAUCCAUUCCUUCUCUCUAGUGAUGCUGCCUGUCCCGCUGAGUUACUCCAGCCUUUUGUGUCUAUCUUAGAUUAAGCGGAGGCGAGGUACGUUCUUUUAGGAAGGAGGAGACAUUUCUUUAGCCAGAGGGUGGUGAAUCUGUGGAAUUCUUUGCCACAGAAGGCAGUGGAGGCCAAGUCAGUGGAUUUUUUUUAGAAAGCAUAGAUAGAUAGAUCCUUGAUUAGUACGGGUGUCAGAGGUAAUGGGGAGAAGGCAGGAGCAUGGGGUUAGGAGGGAGAGAUAGAUCAGCCAUGAUUGAAUGGCGGAGUAGACUUGAUGGACCGAAUGGCCUAAUUCUACUCCUAUUCCUUAUGACCUUCAGAAGAGACCCCUUUCGUGGGCUGGCACGCGAAGAGCAAAAGGGGAGAGCAGUAGCAAAGACGGAAGAUAGUUUCUAAUGCCUCUUUCCACCUCACCACAUCCUUCAGCAAUGAGUUACCUGUUGAUAUCGAUUGCCUUUUCAAAAGAGGAAAGGAAAAUUGUCCAAAUCACCAGCACCCUCAUUCCUCAACCUCGCCUGAACCAGUAAAGAGAG